AUUCUUUUCAAACGCUACACAUAUACUACAAAGUCCUUUCAUUCAGUGGCUGCUUUAGGCCCGCCCGUGCUUCUGACGCUAUACUUGGGGCUUCGUGAGGGAAGCGAAAAAAACAAGCAUGAUCGUUGUCAAAGCUUUGGCAGCCGUCAUUUUGAUGGCGGUAUAUGCUGGAAGCACUGCAUACGAUACAGCUGGCUGCGACUUCAGUGGUAUCGACCUGGAUGGAGCCCUGGACAAAAUUCUUGGUAAAUUGCCCCGGUACUACGCCCCAGAUGAUCGUGGAUUUCAGAGGGUUUUCGCUGGUCUGGAAGGUGGCACACUGAACGUAACUGGUCUUGACAAGAUCCGGCGAUACGGACCGCUCCGCCCAUACUGUGUCAACGGGACCCGGCUAAUGAGUGUGGAUGUCAUCAACGAAGGGGACGCUAUCUUGUCGCUGCCGUGGAGGGCCUGCUUUGGACGAGAAGGCACGCUGAACUUGCGGACCACAUUAUCGCGGUUUACGCUCGUAUUCCGUGUCACAACUAGAGGAUCGUACAGCAACAAAGUUCUCAUGGACGAAGGGCCAACUAUCCCUGUGAUUACCACAGACCCACACAUAUAUAUCGAUGGCGCCGGUAGCGAAAUAAGGAUGGCUAGCAUGAUCCUAAGCAGGCUCUUGCCGGCGAUCACUGGAAAAAUGUGGGAUGACUACUUCUUCCUAUAUUUCAGUGGGGCCCUUCGUCAAGCAAUGCAAGAAGUCUUGCUUGCUUGAUAUGUUCUUUAGCAUAAGUGCCUCCCCGGUCCUCGAAGACGUUAACUUCCUUCGGUUCAUAAAAAAUAAACUUUGUUCACUACA